UAAGAUUUAGCUCAAGGUGGUGAGUUCGCGGGAACGAAAAUAAAGGGACUUUUCAGGCAGUUUACGAUGGAAAUGUGCAAUAUGGUAGUUAUAUUUUUAAUAGAUGGUUAUAUCUAGCUUGAAUAAGGAGGGUCAACAUGCAUAAUUUCAACUUUUCCCCACCGCUUUUGGCCUGAGAUCACGGGCACUCUCUCGCUGCCAAACCAACAAAUAUGGCGGACGGCAGUGAGAUCGAAUCGGGCCUUUUGAUGGAAGUGACAACAGCCCCUAGCACACUUAGUCAGGCUGCUCCGGUGCAAAUCGUAUCGGUGACGGAUGGGCAUGUGUCAGUCCCGAGUGAGGGUCAGGUUGCUGAAGAUAUUCUUCAGCAGGCCUUUGUAGGAGCAGAAGAUUUUACCCCAAAUACUGUUGAAUACACAAGUGGUGAAACUGUGGAAGAUACAUCUGUCGCUGCUGAAAUUGUAAACAAUGUUAUUGCCGAAGACAGUUUGGUCACAAAUGUUGCAGAUUCGGUGUCAGAAACCACAACUUUCGCAGGGGUUGAAUAUGGGGUUGUUGGGACUGAGUCUGAGGUGGGAAGUGCGGAAGUAGCGUUAGUCGAAGAAGGGGAAGAAAAUGGCAUGGUUCAGUCAAAUGGCAACACAGUAAGUGUAACGUCAGUGAUCGAACAGACUGAAGCUUCAGAUUCCAAUAGUCAAACUGUUGUUGCCAGUAGUCAACAAGCACAGACAGCAAGUGUCAGCGUGGCUGUCAUCCCUGGCACUGGACCAAACCUUGGCUCAAGUCAUAACCCAAUUCGCAUCAUCCAACAAGGAAAUCAGUACACACCGGUUCAACAAUUGACUGCUGAGCAACUACAGCAGAUAAUGCAAGUAGUGCAGCAACAACAACUUGCCAAAAGUACAUCACAAGGUGGUGGAUCAAGUGUUUUGUUCAAUCCACAGACUAAUACACGGAUAGUUUACCGAGUCAUCUAUCCAUCCGAGCUGCACAAAGGUGGCACUGCUGUGGUGACAACGUCAACAGUGUCUCCGGGGCAGCAAGAUUUACUUGGUAGUCAUCAUAAGAGACCCUACAGAAGGCGAGUCCGAGAAGAUGAGGAUGAUAAAGUUGAAGGACCAGAACUUUCCAAGGAGGAAAAGGAGGAGAGAAAAAAACAUAGACCUAGAACAAGAUCUGGUCGGGUGUCAAAACCUCCCAAACACAUGAUGAAAGACUAUAAACAUAUCCAUGUGUUAGAUUGGGAUGAAGACUAUGAUGAUUCUGAUGGAGGCUACUCUGACUACAAAUGCAGUGAUGAGGAGAAGAGACGCAAUGAAGAAGGAGAGGCUUUGGAGAAAGAAGAGGCAACAUAUGUUUAUCCAGGUCUAGGGUCAACCCGCCCCAAGAAUUACAAGUGUGACACUUGUGAGAAGGCGUAUAUCGGACAAGCAGGUUUGAGUCGGCAUUAUCGUUUGAAUCCUUCACAUGGCUCCAUACCCGAAGGAGAACAGGAAGAUGACAGGAGUCAAGAUGGGUCUGGACGAACAAAUGGAAAUAUGGGCAGCUUAUCAGAGGAUAGUAAUACUCAAGACUCCAUACCCGGUCUGGGGCUGAUUGGUACAGGGACACCUUCACCAGUUGCCAAAAGAGGAAACAUCCACUCCAGCCGCGGGAGGGGGAGGGGGCGCCACCUACAAGAACUCUCACUAUCUAGGCGGAAAGCCAAAUUAAAAGAAAUAGUGCGACAGUGUGAGGACGAGGAUCUGAUGGAGAUUGUGUUACCCCGGCUGGCCAAGGUGAUCACACUGUGGGAGUUCCUCCUCAUGAAGGUGGAGAAGGGUUAUCCGUCACGGCCACAUGUUGAUGACAUCUACCGGGAGUUCGAGGCCCUCCACAAGCAGGUCCAGAAAGUCUGCCAACUCUAUCUCAGUCCUCGCAACAAGGACAAGUCAGAAUCUAACUCUACUCAGUCAUUGCAGGUUGAGAAUGUCCAGCUGGCUCAAGCUCUUGGUCUUGAAGUGGGGAUGUUUGAUGUGAAGGAGAUGCCAGCAGAAGAAACCCCCACAUUCCAGUUCAAACUCACACCAGAAACCAUACCCUCCCCCAGCAAGCCGUUGCCAGUCCGCCGCAAGAUCCAGGUGACCACACCCGACCAGACGCCUGGACUGCCGGCCGCUAAACGCCCUAGGACUGUUUCUGUACUUUCGGACACGAGUCCUAUGAAAAACAAUAGUGCUACAUCAACUUCAAUUCUGAAAGGGACGCAGAACGUUCAGUUCCGUGUUGUCUCUGCAUCCUCCCCGGCAGCUUCAUUGACAACUCCGCACAUAAUCGCUGUGUCCAACCCCCAUAGUGUCGGGAUCGCCAACAACAACACAGCACCUGCCUCACGUUUUGUGACUGUGUCAAAUCCCAACAUAGUGACUGUGUCAAAUCCCAACAUAGUGACAGUGUCAAAUCCCAACAUUGUAAGUGUGUCCAAGCCCAGUAACACAGCUUCUACCCUUCCUCAUGUCGUGGCUCUUUCAAAUUCUAGUAUUGUAUCACACCCGCAGAUAGUGACUGUGUCAAAUGCUAAUGUGUCUGGCUCAAACAUUACAACUGUUCAACCAAAGACAGUUGUGCGACCACCAGAAUCAAGUGUUCAGACCACAUCUCAGGUUGGAGGUGUCAGUAAAUCUCAUGAAAUCCUUACCUCUCAGGCAGCUACUUCCACAAUGCCAUCCAGUAGUACAGAGACAAUUGUUGCUGUAGAGACCGACAAUGUGUCAGUUGUGGACACAAUGAAUCAGAACGUUGUGUCUGCUGUCAACAGUGCUAACUUAGUUAGCAGCAGCAAUGGCUCUGGUGUCAGUAGUGCUAGUAACAGCAUUGAAAGUGCUCCCAAUGGUGAACCUGUUACCCUAAGAACUAUCCUUGUUAAUGGAGGAGUGACAGGCGAUGGUGGUGUUAAACAGCUUCAGCCUCUUGUCCAGGAAGCCCUUCACACUAAUAUUCAGAAUAUUCAGGUGGUGGAAAGCCUGGAAGAAGCUCAGCAACUUAUUCUGGCACAAUCUCAAAUGAAUGGUGUUGACCCGUCUUCAAAUAUUGCCACCCUAGCUGAAGUCAUUCACAAUGAAUCUGAGUUUAUUGAACAAACCAUUGAUGGGGAUGUGAAAAGGGAAAUCGUUCUCAACCCUGUUGAAGCCAAAUCUGAAGAAGUGGAUCCUGGUGAAGUGCAAGGCCAGAUUGUGAGUGCUGAGCAAAUAGAAGGACAAGUGAUAAGUCAAGAUCAGAUAGUGACUCAUUCCAAUAUCUACCAGACAGAGGAUGGUAUAUUAAUCAUACAGAACCCCGAUGGAACCACGUUCCAGCUGCAGGGUGCUGAAGGCAUACCGUUAGAGACAGUUCAGGCCUUGCUAGCCAUGGAGGGGCAGUUCGAGGGAGGGGAGGCAGUUCAAGCUGAACUUCAACAAUAGCAUCUUGCAUUGUUAUUUCACUGCUUUUGCCAGAGUUCUUGUUCGGAUGUAAGGGAAACUUAUAGCAAACAAAAUAUAGUAAAAUACUUUCAACCUUUACCAAUAUUCAUGUUUUGGUCUUCAUAACUCAAAAAGGUGGAAUCAGUGGUUGGUAUGUUGUUGUUUUUUAAGUAUUUCUUUAUAUCCAGCUACAAUAUCAGCAUAUUUGUAUGUUUCCCCAGAUGCCCUGAUAGUUGUCCAUCAAUUUGUGUACAAAGGAGUUACUUCCCUUCCCUUUCACUGGCAAUAUUUUAAUUGGUCAAAAUCUUAAAUGCAAAUUAUUCUUUCGUGAUAUGGUUACCUAAAGGACGGUGUUGAGGUAGGUGUUAUGCAAGUAAUGGAUGCACCUUAGUUUCAAGAAAUAGAGGGUGAAUAAGAAAAAGAAAAUAAAGGUUUUUGACAUUAUUCCAUCUCACAAUAGAAGUUCAAAUAGCCUGUAUUCAAUGUGAACGAUAAUCAAAGUGACAGUUAUAGGUGUAAAAACACAUGUUGUAAUUGACUUUUAUUUUUAUUUUUUUAUUUUUUUAUUUUUUUCAUUUUGUAGGAUAUAUUGAAUUUGUCCCUUUGAGAUUUGAGAUUUGAUCAAUAUCCACUGUAUACCCCCAUGUUUUGAUGACACAAGAUUCCAUUAUUCCAUUGUUAGUAUUCUGCUGGCAUUUUCAGACAAACGUGGAUGAGCAUGUUGAGUCUUAGUCUGUGAUUUUUCCUUGCACCGCAACAGAACUUUGGUGAACAUCUUCAUCUUUGCAUGGCACAUCCUGAAAUCAUCUUUGUACAGUUCAGACCUAUUUUCUAAAAGCAUUAUUAUUGGUUCAUGCGCAAUAAACAUUUACCAUUGAUCUCAUUUUCUACUGAAAUUCACCUUGUACGUCUGAUUUUGUAAUGAAGGAAGGUAUACAAAUGUAAUGUCAAUGACGGUAUGUUACUGCCUACACAAAGACAAUUGGUAAUAAGGUGUAGUCAUGAAAUACAUAUUUACAGCGCAUGUUAAGAAUGUUAACACAUACAUAUGGGAAGUAUUUUGGCUCACUGACAUGUAUUGGACUUAAGGCUUAAUUUAUGCAAGGUAUACAAGGCCAGUGUCAUUAAAAUCAGAUCUUCGUGUUCGCUACUGCUGUGCAAAGUUAUGAGGACAUCUAAUAACAGGUCACAUCAGAAUGACCUUUCGCAAAUAUCAAAGUCGACAGGGGCCAGUUGGAAAGAAGCUUUCUGUAAUUUUACGGCACUAGUUUCAAAAGGGCAUCUACUAUUCCAAUCUAAACUUUGAAAAAUAUUGAAAGUCUCUUCCAUUUCAAUUUUUUAUCCCCUUGAUAUAAUCUGUCAUACAGCCCAUAACUGUUUUUUCGGAAUGCGCCAUGUUAACCUUUUUGAGGUUACAUUCGGACCUUCACUUUCAUGAUCUCAUAAGUGACUCUGAUUGGUUGGAUGACCCAUAAUUUGAUGUCCUCAGAUCUUUGUUAAGCGAAAGCAAGAACUAAAAUAUGAUUUUAACGAGACUGACAAUAAGGUCGGAUCUCACUAAUGAGAAUGAAAGCAAUAUUACAGUCAGUCUUGCUCUGGCUUAUGUAGCCUUGAAAAGGCCCCCAUCAGAUUUUGUUUGUUUAAUGUGUUUAGUUUUUAUAGAAGAUUUUUUCUAAUGGCCUAAGGUAACACUGUGGGAAGAAGAAAAAAUACUGUUUUUGAAUUCUUGAUUCUUUCACAUUACUGUAGUUAAUCUGUCAUGGCAUCACAGAAUAACUACAGUCAUAUGAAAGAAUCAGGUGGUCCUUAACUUCUUUUGAGUAGUAUAUAAACAAAGUUACAAUGUAAUGAAGGCGAUUGUUUACACAUGAAAGUUUCCAUCUGAUCAAAGGUAGAAAGAUUGUGCCAACCAGUCAUGUAAGGCCACAAUAAAUUAAUAAUAAGAUUCUCACCCAUUUCUUUUUUUAAGGUUGGAUAUGUGGGAAAUUACUUUUUUAUUAUUUAUUUUACAAGGACAACAAACAGUGAAACGGGAAAGGUAAAAUUGGGUUCAUGUCACAGGUAUAAUUGUUCACAAACUUCACAUGAGUACUAGUCAAACUUCCAUUCUUUUUACAGCCACACCCGCUAACAGUUAUCAAUACUGGAACAUGGACAAUAACCGAAGGACUGUAUCGUUUGUGACCGAGCCUGAUUAUUACAAGUACACUGUACAGACUAUUGCAGCUUAAUGGGUUGAUAUUUAUCAAUAGCCAUAUUGCUGUGUUUAUAUGUGGCAGACAUAUAACUGAUAACAACCAGGUAUUUUAAUACAGAGAAUUGUUAAAAUCUUUUGAAAGCCGCACAUGUGCAGACAAAAACUUCCACCAAUCUAUUUAAGAACAUACCAAAUGAAGCAUUCAUACGAUGUCAGUUUGACACUUGGAAUUGCAUUUUUCUAAAUGCUGAUACCAAACAUCGGCAAGUUCUUGGCAGACGUUUGGGUGGCAAAUACAUUUUACUGAGGCGAGUUUGGUCAUGAGGCCGACCGGGAUGAGAAUGUAAUCAUUAAUUUAUUGUGGCCUACUGAUCGAAAAUUAAUCUGUAAAAUGUAAAACAAAAUGUUAAAGCUUCCUUUCACCAGACAGGUUAUUUUUGUCAACUUUAUAUGCAAUUUGUGCGUACUUUGUAUUCAACAAUUCUAAAAUACACUUGCAAUUUUCUAUACAGUAAACUUUAAAGAGCUAACAGCCUUUGCCAGUAUAAAUAUGUCCCGUAGAUAUCAGUCUCUUUGUAGAUAAAUCGAGUUUUCCCACACUGUGCUCUCCCGAGACUGACAGUUAGGACCACUUAAUACUGAUUAUUAAGACUUUCAUGCAGGGAAGGGUACUACAUUUUGAUGUCAUGCAAUUUUGCUUUCCAAAUUGGUCUAAUAAAAUAUUGAGCAAUUGAUACCAACACAAAAAGUCCACUUAACUGAAACAUAAGUCAUGUGAGAAUAUACAUGAUAAAUAGUACAUAGGGCUUUUCUUAUUAAAUCUCAUGACCUGAAAAAGUGGACAUUUUCACUUGUGGCUGAGCCACUCAUGUCAAUUUUGUCAGGUCAAUGAGAUAAAAAUGUCCUCAAUGUACCCUUGUAGCAGUUAACAAUUUAAGGAGGUUUAUGCAUAUUUUAGGACUGCAAGAUUGUCUCAUUGAAAAUCUUUAUUACUGAAAUAUUUAGAUUGGUAUCAUUAAUCAAGAAUCUAUACUGAUCCCAUCCUUCUCACAAAAAGAUAGAGGAAACUGUUUUCUAUUAAUUUAUCUAUAUACAUGCUGUACUGUCCAGACUGAACUCUGCUUUAUCAAUUAUCUAACUUUGAGGGGUCCUUUCAACAUAAAGAUCAAUGAAGUCUGUUGGAUGGAAUAUAUUGGGGUCCUUUCACUGAAGUAGGGGAAGAUAUGUUAUGCUAAAUUGUUAAAUGUCGACUACUGCAUUGACAAAAUCGGUUGACAAUGUAAGCAGAUUCUUCCGUUUAUUUUUGUUCCUGAGCAUGAGUUGAUACAGGUAAUACAUUUGCCAUGGCUUUGCUCAGGACAAUAGAGCAUUUGUCAUUAAUUGUAUUAAACUUGUCCAUUGUGCAACUGAUGUAAAGUGUAAAUGCCUUAUUUUUUGUAUACCAUUUCAAGACCAGUGAUUUUUGCAAAUAGUUUGUAUUCCAAAUACCAUGUAUGAAAUAGGCCUAGCCUAAGAGGUUGGUUUUGUCUUGAGUUUGUCGAGUUGAUACGAGACCCGAAGAAAUGUCCACCCUACAGACCAUACAUGAUAAAAGACUUGUACAUUGAAGAUUUUGUGAAUAGAUUCCCUCAGUAAUUGUACAAUAGAUGUAAUAGACGUUUUAUACUCACAACUAUCUUAGAACUAAGUUAUUGGCAUAGGACUGUGGUGCACGUUAAAUUAUGUUAUUGUUGAAAACUGUUUUGAAUGCUUGUUCGACAACAUGUCAUGUUUGUUUGGUCAGUGUGUAUGUUUACCUGAACUUGGGAAUUUGAGAAUGUGUACAAGAGUUCUAUUAUCAAUAUUAUUUGUAAGGAAAUCUUACGGAAGUGAACAACUAGAAACUUGUUAUUUGGAUUUGUUUGUUUUAUCAGGAGGAGACAUCACAAUUUGGACAUAUUAUUUAUUAAUUCAGCAUGUAUGGUCCAAAUCUGCUUCACAAUUGUCAAUUUAAGUGGCAAUUCGGAUUCUGUAGUUGGCAUUGUUGCUGUAUUUAGAAAUCAGAUAUUUAUGAAUUCGAUUCUCAGAAUUGAUUUGAACAAGAAAUGAACAAAUGCUAAACCAUUAUCCGAGCCUACAGUUUGGCUGUGCAGAGUUGCAUCCCUUGGGAACGCCAGAAACCUGUAAUUGUCGGUUUGAAUCCUUAUUCGCCCUAGUGUUGUUUCUAGGUUUUUCAGCACCAUACCAUGCUUGCAAGUUUUACCAAAGUGAUAAACGUCCGAGACCUGCAUCACUUCGGACUUCCCUCCCACAUUAAGCUGCAAAGCCAUGAUAUAAUUAGAAUAUUGUUCAAAGUUGUGUUAAAGCCAACUCACUCACCCAGUCUGCAGUUUUGUGGCUUGUAUCGACUUCGAUGACCAUCUUACACAAGGAUAACUGAAGUUAGCCUUCAUUACCAUUUGAUUACACACUUACUAAACAUUUAGCAUCAUUUUUGUCUGUUAACUGACUAUGAGACUUUUUCUUUAUAUUUAUUUUCAAUGACAAAAUGUUUGUGAGCCAGCAAUAUCUCAUAUCAACAUAUCUUGGCAUAUAUGCUACUCAAACAAGCUAAAGAACACCUACAAUUGAAAGGCUAUGUGUUGCAAUACCCACUAGCCAUGACAGAUUAAGUACAUGUAUAGUCAUUUGGAAAAAAAAUAGGUGUUCUUUCAGCUCUUUUCUGUAGUAUAUCUAGUAUAAUAUAGUCUUUGAUAGGCACUUUACAGGUUGGAAAAACAUGAAGACAGGAAAUGUUUAUGGGAAAUAACUUCUUUAUUGUUUGUAAAGUCAUUUCAGGGCUACAUCUUGCCCUUGAAACAUUCAAACAAGAAUGAAGUUGUUACCCGUAGAAGUUUCAUGUCUUCGUUGAGUAUGUAUGAGAUAAGUCAGGUUUGAAACUUACUGUAAGAUUGUGCACAAAUUAAAUGGUUGGAAACAACUAAAAGAAUGACCCAAGACUAAUAAACAUUGACACCCAUAGUAUUAUGAUUAUGUCUCCAUUCUAUAAUGAUAAAAAUCCUGGACCCAUUUGCAAUCAUGGUUUCAUUUGGGAUGUCCUUAUUGACAUAUUUCUUUUCAGUUGCUUCCCCCAGAAUUGUACAUGCACAUGAGAAGUCUGCGUCCUCCGAUUCACAUCAUCAGAGUACAACAAUGUGUUCUAUUACACCCAGCUAUAAAAUACCAUAUAUUAAAACUAAAAUCUACUGUAGAUGAUACUAGGAGAAAUUUUGACUCCCGAUUUUUGGCCAUGGACUGCACGAUGGUAAUUUUUUGCAUCAUGUCAUUUGAAUCAGAUGAUGGUAGUGAAUGGAUCCAGGGCAUUAAUCAGAAUGGCAAUAUAAUGCACUUGAUAAACGAGGAUGGUAUCUAUCUUAAACUCAGGAGACCUAUCAUCCAUGGAGUUUGACUUCAGGGCAUACAUAGCUUCUAAUUGUUCUUGGGGGCCCGGGUGGCCCGGUCGUCUAAAGGUGCCGCGAUUCGCUGUGUAGAGUUGCGUCCCUUGGGCAUGCCAGAAACCUAUGAUUGUGGGUUCGAAUCCCAGUUCACCCCAAUUAUAUUUCUAGGUUUGUCAGCACCAUACCCAUGCUUGUGGGUUUCACCGAAGUGGUAAACGUCUUUGACCUGCAUCACUUCGGGCUUUCCUCCCACAUUAAGCUGACACGCCGUGAUAUAACUGGAACACUGUUAAAAGCGGCGUUAAACCCAACUCAGUCACACUCACUCUUAUUGUUCUUACCUCCUACUUUUGCACAAGCCAUCAGAAUUAUUUCAAGUAACAAACAUUCAAACGCCAUUGUAGUGGAACAUAUAUAUUAAAUAUUUAUUUGUUGAUAUGGUGCUGACAAAAAGUGUUCCAAAUUUUUGUUCACAUACUGUAGAGUGCAAAAUUGCCCCCCAAGUUAAUGAAUGAAGACAAUAGGGUUUUAACAGGGAAAGGUAUUUUUCAAAAGCGUAAUUACUUCUUGUCUCCUCCACCUUUGCAGGCUUAGAUGUUCUUAACAGAUUUAUAUAAGUACACCUGUCCAUUAGCCUGAGACAAGUGACAUUCAGGAGGUACAAGUGGCACUUGUACCAUUAGGUUGAUGUAGGUUUUGUUUUGUAGGAUGUCAUAUUUUUUUUUAGAACAAGUUGAAAUAAAACAAAAUCUUUUGUGACCCUGUUAAUACAGGGCUACAGCAAUUGGGUUAUGAUACUCUUCACUUUCCUCACUGAUGGACUGUACAAAACCCGGUGAAAGGUAGCACCUGUAUAUUCAUUUACAGUUGUGAUCAAUUAAGAAAAUCAUCAGGACACAUUUCUAUUUCUUUUUUUGUUUUCAGAAAGAUACUUGAAAACAUACAUAGGAAUAAAACAAUUUGUUCAGGCAUUUUAAGAAAAUGUUAUUUCCCUCUUCUUUGGAAAACCAAAUCUUCAGAUCAGUGAAUAAAAUGUAUCUAGCAAAUUAGCAAUGAAGUGUUAUUGCUAUCCACUCCAUUGCUUGUAUCACAUACAACUUACAGAGUGCCAUUCAGUUAUGUAAGCAUCAUAAAAGUAAGCAUAAGAAAUACGUUAUCUCCACAUCUUGAGCAUUUGUUGCAUUGGUCCUUAUUUUCAAGGUUGACAAAGCAUGUUGAAUACUUACUUUUAUGUUGUCAGGAUAUGAACAGAGGUGUACAAAGAGUGUGUUUUAUUAUGACUAAGGCAGUUAACAACAUCAGCCAUUGUCUGGAUUACAACACAUGCCAUUCUCAUUGUAUCAAGUUCAUCCCAUGUCAUGGAGGCAAUACAGGCUAUAUCAUCCCAUUGACGUGCCAUCUUUCACUGUAUAUCAUUCUUUAUAUUUGGAAUCCCCCAGUCCUUGUAUUCACCCAUACUGCAUAGUCAUUUCAUUGUUCAAAAGAUUUAUGAAUAUACAAAUCCAGUUGUUAGAAAUACUGAUGAAAUAUUCUCUAUUUCACUUGAAUAAAUCUUGAAAUUUG